GGAUGAGCUUCGCUUCUUGUUGUCGCCAUCAAACAACCAUCAUCACCAGCCUGGCUUUGGAGAGCAGCGCCAUCACGAUGGGCCCUUCAAAGCAGUCCAUGUUCCGCUCCGCGGACAUGAGCAUGGUGCAGCUGUAUAUAUCUAACGAGAUUGGCCGAGAAUGCGUAAACGCGUUGGGAGAACUUGGACUGGUCCAAUUUCGAGAUCUCAACCGCGAUGUCAAUGCAUUCCAGCGCACCUUCACCCAGGAGAUUCGACGCCUGGAUAAUGUCGAGCGGCAACUUCGCUACUUCCACUCCCAGAUGGAGAAGAGCGGUAUCUCGCUGCGGAAACUGGAUCUCGACGUCGAAACACUCGCCCCCCCGACCACGACCGAGAUCGACGAGCUCUCCGAGCGGACCCAGAGCCUCGAGCAGCGCAUCUUUCAGCUUAACGAGAGCUACGAGACGUUGAAGAAGCGAGAGGUCGAGUUGACCGAGUGGCGAUGGGUCCUUAAGAAGGCCGGGGGAUUCUUCGACCAGGCUCGUGACAACGUCGAUGAGAUUCGAGCUUCGACCGACGGCGACACCGAGGAUGACGAUGCACCUCUGCUCCGAGACGUCGAGCAGCACAACCAACCCGGCAACGUCGAGGCCUCCUUCUCCGGCAUGAACGUCGGUUUCAUCGCUGGCGUCAUCGGCCGCGAUCGCGUGGCCGCCUUCGAGCGUAUCCUCUGGCGAACGCUGCGUGGCAACCUCUUCAUGAACCAGUCCGAGAUUCCCGACCCUCUCGUCGACCCGAGCAACAACGAGUCUAUUAACAAGAAUGUCUUCGUCAUCUUCGCUCACGGCAGAGAGAUCCUGGCCAAGAUUCGAAAGAUAUCGGAGUCGAUGGGAGCUAAUAUAUACAGCGUCGAUGAAGACACUGACAACCGUCGUGAUCAGAUAGACGAAGUGAAUGCCCGUCUCAACGACGUCCAAAAUGUCUUGCACAACACCCAACAAACCCUUGGCGUGGAGCUAACCCAGAUUGCCCACUCCCUCGCCGCUUGGAUGAUCCUCAUCACGAAGGAGAAAGCCGCCUACCAAACCCUCAACCUCUUCUCGUUCGACCGGCAGAGACGUACUCUGAUCGCCGAAGGCUGGUGUCCCACCAACGAUCUACCCCUGAUCCGGUCUACCUUGCAGGACGUGACCAACCGCGCCGGCCUGUCGGUUCCGUCCAUCAUCAACGAGAUCAAGACGAACAAGACCCCGCCGACCUACCUGCGGACUAACAAAUUUACCGAGGCCUUCCAGACCAUCAUCAAUGCCUACGGCACGGCGACGUACCAAGAGGUCAACCCUGCCCUGCCCGCCAUCGUCACCUUCCCUUUCUUGUUCGCCGUCAUGUUCGGAGACUUCGGCCAUGCUUCUGUCAUGUUACUCGGCUCUUUGGCCAUGAUUUACUGGGAGAAGCCUCUGAAGAAGGUGACGUUCGAACUCUUUGCUAUGAUCUACUACGGCCGUUACAUUGCCCUCGUCAUGGCCGUCUUCUCUCUAUUUACCGGCCUCAUGUACAACGAUGUCUUCUCGAAGACGUUCACCUUCUUCGACAGCGCCUGGGAGUGGAAAGUUCCGGAUAAGUGGCAGGAGGGUCAGCCUCUCGUCGCUAAGCUUAAGGGCGACUAUCGGUAUCCGUUCGGUCUCGACUGGAUGUGGCACGGCACCGAGAACGAUCUGCUGUUUAGCAACAGCUACAAGAUGAAGAUGUCGAUUAUCCUCGGGUGGGCGCACAUGACCUACUCGCUCUGCCUGUCCUUUUUCAACGCGAGGCACUUCAAGAAACCUAUCGACAUCUGGGGCAAUUUCGUCCCGGGCAUGAUCUUCUUCCAGGCCAUCUUCGGCUACCUCGUCGUCUGCAUCAUCUACAAGUGGUCCGUCGACUGGCUCACGAUCGGACGGCCGCCACCGGGGCUGCUGAACAUGUUAAUCUACAUGUUCCUGCAGCCGGGGACGCUGGAUGUGCCCCUGUAUCCCGGGCAGGCAGGCGUCCAGGUCACGUUGCUGCUCCUCGCCUUCGUCCAGGUUCCCAUCCUACUAUUCCUCAAGCCGUUCUACCUACGGUGGGAGCACAACAAGGCCCGCGCCCACGGCUAUCGGGGCAUAGGCGAACGCUCGAGGGUGUCGGCCCUCGACGACGAGGACAGCGGGGCCCACGGGGGAGUUAACGGGCGCCUUAGCGUGGAAACCGAGGACGGGGAGGGCGUCGCUAUGAUCGCGCACGGCGACGACAACGACGACGAAAACGAGCACGGCCACGGGGAGUUCGAGUUCAGCGAAGUGCUAAUCCACCAGAUCAUCCACACUAUCGAAUUCUGUCUCAACUGCGUCUCGCACACAGCAUCCUACCUGCGUCUCUGGGCUCUGUCGCUCGCCCACCAGCAGCUGAGCGUCGUGCUCUGGGACAUGACCCUGGGCCCGUCCCUCUCCAAACCCGGGGUGCUGGGCGUGAUCAUGGUUGUCGUGACGUUCUACAUGUGGUUCUUCCUGUCUUGCGCCAUCCUCAUCUGUAUGGAGGGCUGCAGUGCCAUGUUGCAUUCGCUCCGUCUCCAGUGGGUCGAGGCCCAGUCGAAGUACGCCGAGUUCGGGGGCCACAUGUUCACGCCGUUCUCGUUCCCGACGCUGUUAGAAGAGGACGACGGGCUUGCUGAUUACAGGGGUUGAAGUGGGAAGGUGGUUUUUUUUAAUAAAUUAUUCAAGUAAUUACUAUGGGUGUAAAGGAGAGAGACAUGGAUAAGCCGGUUAACUUGGCCUGAAAGAGGGAAGAAGAAGGAUUAGAACUGAGACUGCGUGUAUGAGUAAAAGAACUAUGUGUAUUGUGUAAAUGCGACGGAUUGGUAGCCUACUUGGUACUUGCUAUAGAGUCUAGUCAAGAGUUGAGGUUGGUGUGACUUGUGCGUAUGUAGUAGA